GGUUCUCGACCAAGAACCCUUACAAUGGUCUGCCCUGAUUUACUAAUGAGGAGGGAGGUGUUUCCAAGUAGAGAUGUCCCCAUAGGUUUGACAGAAGAGAUGCUAUGCUUGCUGUCUGACUCCUCAUCACAAAGCUGCUAUAAGGUUGCACUGGGCAAACACUGGAUAACACCAGAAGACAGGCUUCACUUGGGAAGUGGUGAGUCCUUUGCUGUUUUGCCGAUGUACUGCAUGUGUUGCAUGUCCUAAUCUUUUUAGCCUUUAAGAACAGAUUUGAUAAAUAUGCAAGAUGUUAUGGGGAUAGGUAAAUAUGUAAAAUAUUCUGUCAAACUCGCAGUGAUGCAAAGGCUGCAUGGCUGAUUAGAAUAUAUUUGCAACACAAGAUCUUAUGGUAUUCAUAUGUACAACAUAUCAAAUGGCUCUGAUCAGUGUGUGUUUGUGUGUGUGUGUGUGUGUGUGUGCGUGUGUGUGUGUGUGUGCGUGUGCGUGUGCGUGUGUGUGUGUGUGUGUGCUCCAUGUAUUUGUUCACACAUCAGUUAAAGGUAAAAAUGGCCAUUACUGGUAUGCUGAAGGAGGAUGACAUCAGAAAUGCAAUUGAAGCUUGUCAAGGACCAGACACAUUUGAUUUUAAAAGUUUCUUCAAGCUUGCUGGGCUGUGUAGCAGACCACAAGCAGACAGAGAGAAGGUGUUCGGAGUUGUAGACCAAGACCAGAGUGGAUUCAUAGAAGAAGCAGAACUCAAGUUCUUUCUGCAGAAUUUCCUCUUGGGAGCACGGGAGCUCACUGAGGCUGAGACCAAAUCAUUCCUGCUGGCAGCAGACUGCGAUGGGGAUGGCAAGAUUGGAAUGGAGGAAUUCUGCUCCCUGAUGAACUGAAGACCUGGCUGGCACGAGGGAGGAUGGCUGAUCACCUGUCUUCAGUUCUUCCAUUGACACAGAUAUUUGCAAUGACUCUCUUAAAGGAGUACAGGUUUAAAGAACAGAGGAGUUGAACCAAAUAAAGUCAUUAAAUCCUGUGGAAUGAUUACAUUAAAAAGAGUCUAACUUAAAAACAAACGCUUCUUUGUUUUUGUGUUUUUCAUUUGUUUACUAUAUUUGUGUGUGUGUG